AUGAAGACCACCGUCGCCUUCCUCUCCGUCCUCUCCGGCGUCCUCGCCAAGGAGGCCAUCGUCGGCGGCGCCGAGGCCACCAUCGAGGAAUACCCCUACCAGAUCGGCCUGCUGCAGGGCGGCUCGCUCAUCUGCGGUGGCAGCAUCAUCGACAACAAGUACGUCGUCACGGCCGGCCACUGCGCUGAAGGCCAGUCCGCCAGCGACCUGAGCAUCCGCGCCGGCUCCUCGUCCUCCUCCUCCGGCGGCACCACCGUCGGCGUCUCCUCCAUCGCCGUCCACCCCGACUACGACGCCCAGAACGUCAACAACGACAUCGCCAUCCUCACCCUCGACGAGGAGCUCAAGUACGGCGACGGCAUCGCCGCCGUCAAGCUGCCCACCAGCUCCUCCCUCCCCUCCGCCGGCACCGUCGGCACCAUCACCGGCUGGGGUGCCCUCAAGGAGGGCGGCAACGUCUCGCCCACCCUGCAGUUCGUCGACGUCCCCGUCGUCGACAAGAAGACCUGCUCCUCGGACUACCAGGGCUUCAACGAGAUCACCGACAGCAUGCUGUGCGCUGGCGAGGAGGAGGGCGGCAAGGACGGCUGCCAGGGUGACUCUGGUGGCCCCUUCGUCUCCGACGGUGUCCUCAUCGGUAUCACCUCCUGGGGCAAUGGCUGUGCGCGCGCUGGAUACCCCGGUGUCUACUCGAGCCCGGCUUACUUCCGGGACUUCAUUGAGUCGGUUACUGGUCUCUAA